CUUUCCCCUCUAUAGGAAACACCCAUCAUUGCUCCCAACAAUCCUUUUCAACCUUAGAAACCCGAGCUUCUAAGAUAUUCCCUCUCUUUAUUUUUCUUAUUUUUGUUGUAUUUUUUUCUCUCUUUAAAUAUCACCCAUCUUUGAAGCCAUAUCUCUCCUCCCUCCUUUCACCUUAUUCAUCUCUGCGAUGGAUCCUUCCUCUACAACUUCUGUCAAUGGUUUCUACUCUUUUCUCACUAGAGGGAUUGAUGAUCUUGAACGUGUUUAUCUCUCUAACAACUUCAUGUCAAUCCAAUUCCUUCAAAAGGUUCUUUCUUUGUUAAGAUCUUUUCAUUCCCAGUUGACCUUGUUGGUCCAAAAACUUCAUUUGCCUGUUGGAGAUAAGUGGCUUGAUGAGUACAUGGAUGAGAGUUCUAAGUUAUGGGAGGCAUGCCAUGUUCUUAAAUCAGGGAUAUCUGGAAUCGAAAACUACUACUCAGCUGGAUUCAAUAUCACUUCUUCUCUCGACAACCAUCGCCGUCUUAGUAUCCAGCUUUCUCGCCAGAUAGUAAGGGCAAUUUCUGGGUGUCGAAGAGAAGCAGCAGGAUUGGAGGAGGAGAACAGAGCUUUAAUGGAAACAAGAAUCCAACCAUUGUCUUUGCGGUUCGAUGAGAAGGUGUCGAUUGAAUCUAAACUCAAUGGUUUCAAUGGGUUUCGAGGGGUACUGUAUGCAAUGAGAAAUGUGAGCUCCUUGCUUCUAAUGAUCCUGCUUCAUGGGCUAGUGUAUUGUUGGCCAGAAUCGACAUUUCUGCGAGGAGGAUAUGAAGGGUGCCUGUUCUUUGGAUCAGCUUUCAUGAUCUCAACAGCCAGAUUGCAGCAGAGAGUAGCAGGAGAGAUAAACCAGAUAAAUGGGAGGCCAGGGAUUUUGCUGUAUGAGUUUAGAAGAUCAAAGAUGGCGAUGGAGGAGCUGAGAGGGGAGCUGGAGAGGAGAUGUGGACAAGGCGUGGUGGUGGAUUGGGAAACAGAGGUUGAGAUAAGGGAAAGAGUGGAGAAUUUGAGAGGGUGUUUUGGCGUGUUGAGAUCAGGGGCUGAGAAUAUUAUUGGCCAGCUUGAUGAUUUCUUUGAUGAGAUCGUUGAAGGGAGGAAGAAGCUUUUAGACUUUUGCAGUCAUAGGUAGAAGCUCAGAGGUAGCAAAGGAAAGAAAAAUCAGGGUAGAGGAAACAGUUGUUGAGGACUUGAGGUGGUUCUACCUUUAGCCCAUUCUCUUUCGUUUCUUUUCUUUUUCUUUUUAUCUGGCCCCCAUUUUGCUCCCCUUUUGUUUUCUCCCUAUGGUUCCUGUUCAAUACUAUAGCUACUAUAGUCUUAAAAAUCUUUUCUGUGAAAACCCUGAAAGAGAAAAUUGAACAAAAUAGUUACAUAACUUCUGGGUUGGAGAACACUUCAAAUUUGAGGGACAGUAGUUGUAAUAGCAGGCAAACCAAGCUGUUCCAGCUUUGGACAUUAACAUGAAAACACCAACUUCUUGGUUCUAUAUAUUAAUUAUAAUGGACAGAGGAAUGGAAGCUUCCUGUUUUUAC